AUGUCAUCCUAUAAGAAACCAGGCUACGAUCAUUUACUCAAGCUCAUUAUUAUUGGUGACUCUUCAGUCGGCAAGACCUGUCUGUUGCUUCGUUUCUCAGAGGAUUCUUUCCCAGUAUCUCAUAUGCCCACCAUUGGUAUUGAUUUUAAGAUCAAGAAAAUCAAUGUUGAUGAUAAGAGAGUCAAAUUAUAAGUCUGGGACACUGCAGGCCAAGAGAGAUUCAGGACCAUCACUUAGACUUAUUACAAAGGUGCAAUGGGUAUUAUUCUAGUUUACGACUGCACAGACCAAUAAACCUUCAACAACAUACAAAAUUGGCUAAAAUAAAUUGACUAGCAUGCUAACUCAAACGUAGCAAAAGUGUUAGUUGCGAAUAAAUGCGAUAAACCAGAUAAAAUUAUUGAGACUGAGAGAGGCAGAUCCCUGGCUCAAGAACAUGGCUUAUUGUUCUUCGAAACAUCUGCUAAGACUGGUCAUAAUGUAGCUGAAGUUUUCCACAGUAUAGCUAACGUUAUAGUUCGUGAAAAACUGCCUGCCAUUAGUGGUAGCUCAAUGGGAGGUGGCCAGGGCGGCUUUUAAAAUAAUCCAGGCAAUAAAUUCAAUGGUGGCAAGAACAUAAAGAUGGGGGAGAACAAUGGUCAAGGUGAUAAAAAGAAGGAGUCCGCCUGUUGUUGA